CCGGCCCACCCACCCGCGGCCGGGAGGGGAGGGAGCAGCGCGGCGCACGCCGGGAAAUCGCUGCGCUCUGCCCUGGCUUCCUCCGCCCGCACGGGCGAGGCGUCGGCGUGCGCAUGUGCUGAGGGGAGAGACCUGCCGGUGUCAGUUCAGAACCUUGAGGUGCAGUGCAUAAACUGUGUGCAACACUGCAACGGCACUGACCAGCAUCCACGCCGCUUCUGUUGGAGCAAGUCAGCAAAGCACACUCCUGCUCUGGAUAUGAAGAGACUUCACCUUGCCUGAUAGAGAAAUAUUCAUCUUGAUUUGUGCACUCCAUAGUCAAAUCUCCCACUGAAAUCGACAACAACAAAAGAAAUGAUAAAAUUUUUUCUUAUGGUAAACAAACAAGGUCAAACAAGGCUCUCUAGAUACUAUGAGCAUGUAGAAAUUAAUAAGAGGACAAUACUGGAAGCUGAAGUAAUCAAAAACUGUCUGUCUCGUUCAAAGGAUCAGUGUUCUUUUAUUGAGUACAAGGACUUCAAGCUGGUGUACCGACAGUAUGCAGCCCUUUUUGUAGUUGUUGGAAUCAAUGAGACAGAGAAUGAGAUGGCAGUAUAUGAACUAAUACAUAAUUUUGUGGAAGUUUUGGACAAAUACUUCAGCAGAGUGAGUGAAUUAGAUGUAUCCUUUUCAUUUCAGCUCUUUGGCAUAGCAGUGGGGCAGACUGCUGUAGUUUGUCUCUGCAGAUCUCUGUUGAGCAGUACUCUUCAAUACCCAAGUCAUGCUCAAAAGCUGAAACUUACAAACUUCAUCACGGUGAAGAGAGAACUUUGAUGACUUAAAAACAGGCUCUUGCAACUCUACUGCUUAGAAUGGAAGUUCACUAAUAUAAAUACAAGGACUAGAGUAUCCUAUUUGUGAGCUCCAGCUGUAGCAUCAAUAUCCUAACAGAUGGAGAAGGCACUCAAGACAUUCAUAUCUAAGUUGGAAAAAGGUUUUUAAAGAUUUAUUUGGAAGUUAUUCUAAAGUGUCUUGCUAGUUGCACUGCAGUGCUGCUGAAUACACAGCCAAGAACUACAGGGAGCAAAACGAAGACAGAGUUGGUCUGCUGAGUGCAGUUAAGAACGCAUGUGAAGAGCAGCAACAGGUGGAAAGCAAGGCAGACGAAGGGGUAUUCACAUCUCUCUGUAUAUGCACGUCAGUUAGGCCUAACAGAUGGACCCAGCAGGCUCUUUUGCUAUGCCUGUUUUCAUUUCAGAUUCUGGGGAUAAAUGGCAACAGAAAGAGGCUUUCUUCAUGAAGUAACUCUUUGCAGUUGUUCAGUGGAUGCAAAGAACACAAAUGUGUGCAGAAGAUUGCCUGUCCCUUCAUACCAGAGUAAGGCUUGGGUUGGUUUUCUUCUUGUUGUUCUUUUGAGACAGUUGCUCAAGGAAAAAAAGACAGGGCUAUGGACACAUUUGGUGUAUCACAAUAGUACAAGUACAUACUGCUUCAGAUGAUUUUCAGAUUACAAGCAGGUUUUAGGAAAUAGUUAAAAUAGGAACCCAUUUUACUUUUGCUCUUCUUUUACUUUUACUAGAGCAACGACUCUGCUUUGCAUAUUAACAUAUUCCUGCUGCUUUCAAGCAGUUAAUUUUCAAAUAAUUUAAGGAAUUGAGAAUUGGAUUUUAAGAAUUUGAUUGACAGCUGCUUUCCUAAGAGGAAAAUUGGAAUAUUUGCAUCUUCACAUUCAAGGCUGUUAUCCCCUGAUAACACUUUAUAUUACAUUUUUAUAUUCAAUAUAUUAUAAUUAACCACCUACAUCUAAGUUCAAGCUUACCUUGCCUUUACUACCGUUGAGCCAUUUUCCUACAUUCAAGUUUACCUUGCUUUUACUACCAUAUGGUAAUAUUCCAUGGUAGGAUACUGCUGGGGUUUCAACUUCUUUGCUACAAACUUUUGGUAUCUCUAUGGUCAAGCAAGAAGGUGUCAGUCGAACGUUUUUCCUACAUCUAUUAAGAUAAACAGCAAAUAAACCAGAAUAAAUAAAUGGCCAUUUUUGUAAGAAGUGAUUAAAGGCUAAGCUGCCUAAGAUUUUCUAUGAAUUAUGUUAAUGU